UCACUUUCACUUUUGUUUACCAACAAUUUGCUCUCUACGUGCGGUUUUGCGAAGAGUGUUAAUUUUUUACCUCAAAAUAAUAGUGAAUAGUUAAUCAAAUUGUUUAAAAUGACUACCAAAUCAUCCAAAGAUUUAACUGAUUUAGUUGAGAAUUCGAAAAAUAAAACCAACGUCAAAUGUAGCCACUGCGAGUCACUGAUGCUGAAGCCGGUCUGUGCCGAUUACGUGGAAGUCGAGUUUGAUCUUCCGGAGUCGCAGCAGAAAAAACAACAGCCGGCGGGUGGAAGCGAACCAUCGGAAUUCGUUUGCGAGAAACUGAAGGACUUUUGGGUCGUCAGCGAUAUGUACACGUUUGAAAACAUUGGCUUCUCGCAUACGGUCAAUAACGUCAAGUACCUAAUAUGUGCGGAUUGUGAGGUCGGUCCGGUCGGCUACCAUGACUUGCAAACCAAACAAUGCUUCAUCGCACUGGACCGGGUGAAACAUGAAGCGUGAAAUUCGCAAAAUGUGCGGGAGAAUUUUCUUUUUGGUUCCGUCGAUUAUGAAAUGAUUGACAACCAUAUACUGAGUGAUCGAAGUUGCAUCGAUCUUUUCGUUUUUCUUCAUAUUCCAACGCUUACUUAAACAGUCUAUUUAAAAAAUAUCUGCUACAUAU